GAAAACUUUAUUGAAAUUUGUCCUUUGAAUAUUCGUAAUUGUUGCGCCCAAGUUCAGAGCUAAACAAACGGUUUAUCUGGAAUUGCCGUUUAAUGACAGCCACUGCGCCUCUCCCAACAGAGGUGCACACAGCCGUCCAGGAAUACGAGGAGCUUCAAGAGGAACGUGACAGAACCAACAUGAAGUGUGAAAGACUACAAAAAGAACGAGAUAAUGCCUUGAAGAAAAUAAAGGAAUUCCAGAGAGUCUCUCAGAUGGUUAUCCAGGAAGUCCACGGCAUCCAGGAGAGCCUGGAGAUCGAGAGGUCCUGCAGAGAGACCGCGGAGACUCUGGCUUCUAAUCUGAACCGUCAGAACAGGUCCCUGAAGAGGAAGAGCAUGAUGUACCUGUCUCAUCUGGGUCCUGAGGUCAUCGCCGAGAUCAGCCUGGAGGACGAGGACCAGCUGGAGCCCCAGGAGAGCCGCCCGGGCACCUGCAGUUCCUCCGCUCACUGCCAGCAGGUCAUCUCAGAACUUCGGGAAAGACUGGCGUCAUCUCUGGAUGAGAAGAGGGAGCUCGUCCGUGAGUUGGAGGAGGCGAGAGAGGGACUGAGGAACACCCGGGAGGAACUUCUGAAAGAAAAGCACGACAAUACGGUUUUGAUUGCUGAGGCCUUUCAACAAAAGAAGCUCUUGGCAAAGUACAACAGAGUGUCUGUCCUGGCCUUGGAUGAGUACGAGGCACUGAGGGAGAAUCUGGAUCUGGAGAAGGACCUGCGGAUUGAGGCAGAGAACUAUGCACGGGAGAUGUUGGUGGAGCAGAAGAAGCUGAACAGACAGAGCCAGAUUCUGCUGCAGAGCUGGUCCCCGGGGGAGGCCCUGCAGGAGGCCCUGAGGGACGUGUCCAGGCUGACCCAGGCCUUAGAGACCCAGAGUCUGGAGCACGAAAAGCAGGUGAAGGAGCUGGAGGAGCGGCUGCAGGGCUCUGAGCUCCGGAGGAAGGUGGAGAAGCUGGAGCGCCAGGCUGAGCUGAUGGAGCAGGAGAAGAGGGAGUGUGAGGACAGGUGUGCCAAGGCUGAGGUGCAGGCCAAAGACCUGCGCUUCACAGUGGAGGAGCUUCAAAAGAAGCUGCAACUGGCGGUCAAUCCUCCACCUGGUCCAGCCCCUCCUCCACCUCCACCUCCACCCCCACCCCCUCUGCCCCCCCCACCUGCCCCCUCUGCCUCCAACCCUCUCAGCUCCCUUCUGUCAAUGAUCCGCAAAAAGAAGCAGGUCGGUCGCGAUAUUCCACUCGUCGCCCAAGACUCUCUUGUGAAGGAUGCAGGGAGGGGGCACGUGGACAUUCGGCAGCAGGCUGUGGAUGAGAUGAUGCAGAGGAUUAAAAAGGGGGUUCACCUUCGCCCCGUCAGCCCUGCCAGCCCUGCCAGCGGGACCAGACAACCACAGAAAGAGAAGGGGGCACCUGAUUCUGCCAUUCAGGAGCUCAAAGGAAUUCUGGACACGUUCGGGAGGCCCACCCCUGGCCGGCACAAAGCCGCUCCGGUGCGGACCGCGGACACGGAGCUGGAGAGGGUGCUGCGGAGGCGGCGGUGUGCAGCGGAGACCCCCGCGGACGACCGUUCAGAGGCCUCCCCGAACCCGUUCCCGAGCAGUGUGCUGGACAUGAACCGAGUGAAGCGGACCAGGCCGGCGGCCCAAACCCCACAGGAGCCCAGCGGGCCGGACCUGGAGACUCUCACGCCUGCCUCUGCGAGCGUUGGUGCUAAUGGGACCGUCAGUGAAGCCUGAAGGUCAGAACACAAAGAUUGCUCCAUCCACGGUAAAAAUAAAAAAAUAAAAAAGACAAGAAAUUUUCAGAGAAAUAAAUGGACAGUUCUGAGAAACGGUAUAUGGUGAUGUUUAACCAGCAUCUAUGCAGGCUUUUUAGUGAGAUUUUCCUCAAAUCUAAAUUGAAUAGAUUCAUUUGAAGUAUGUCCCUACAAAGUUUAAUGCAGAUAUCCACACAUACAUGGAAAUUUGCAGUGGCAAUUAAAAAUUGAAUAAUUAAGUUCAAUGAAUUAACUUUGAUGUAUUGGUUCUAUGGUUUACAGCAUGAAAAAGAAGCACUCCUUUAAUCACUACAGUGUGUGUUUGUGUGUGAGAGUGUGUGUGUGUGUGUGUUUGUAUGCACACACAUGGUUUAAAUGCAUUCAGCCAGUCAAAACAUAUAAAAACAUGUCCAAUGUACAAUUACACAUUUAAAUAUGUUCAGUAUUAUAUUGUAUAUUUGUAUGUUGAGUUGAGUUCUGUUUGAUUUGAACUCAGUUGUGAGGCAAUAGUUGUAUUCAUUUUUUUAAAUUAUUCUUUUUUGUAUAUUUUGCGCAAUUUGUUUCAAUAUUUUACUGUUUUUUACAGUAUGUAGCUUUCAUGAUAUGUUUGCACUUAAAAGUGAAAACUGUGUGAUAAAAACACAAUAAUUUAACAGCGGAUUACAUCAAACACUGAAAAACACAUGUUCUGAAAUGACCUGUAAUUAAUAGAUAAAUUGUAAUAAAAUAAGGUGAUUUGU